AUGUCUCCAACUGGAAUCACCUUCCGAAAACAAGUCGAUACUCUUCUCAAUGAGCUGUCAGACUGUAUCGCAUUUUGUAACCAGAUCAGAGAAACCCGUCGACUAGGUUCCAAGCACGAGAAUUUCGAUAAGCUUGAAGACACCCUCCUUCACUCACAUACCACCCUUUCAAUUCAAUAUGAUACUCUACAGCGAUGCUUCGGGCACCGCAUGGCUGUAGGUGAUGAUGCAUCAGUUCAACCAAUGAACAAAUGUCUUCGGGCAAUAUCAUCUGAUAUAAAAAGAAAACUUUACGAGAUCGCCAACAAGACCACACAAACCGCCGGCUCUAGACAACUCCCCGGCUUCGGUGCUCUCCUUCAGCACUGGAAACUCAUUGAAGAAGACGCUUCCAACAUCAUAAUCGGUCUUUCCCAACGUCUAAUCAUCACUCCACCUGCAUCAACACCCGUUCCAUCCCACACUCUGUCGCCAAAACAAGAACCACAAAUCCGAUCAGAUCAAACAGUCGUUUCCAAAGGCGAUUUCAACUUUCUACUUGACCAUAUGCAGAAUUCCUGGACGGAACGAUGGAGUAAUGAACAGUUAAUUUACGUCAAUUGUUGUGAUCAAAAUAACAGAAGUUACGAAAAGCCCGAAGGAUUCAUCAAGGCAGUACCGGCAUCAUACACACCUGCGAGGACUGAAAACGUUACUAGAUCAAGACCAAGCAACGGGGAUUUGACUGAAAGGGAAAGGAGGAGUUAUGCAUACGGAGGGUCGAACCGAUCACAGAGAGAAGAAUUCCGGAGACAAUGA